CAACAAAUAUUCUAAACUAACAAAAUAUACUUUCACACUUGGGUUUUAUUUACUCAAACUCUCUCUCUCUCUCUUUAUUUCUCUCUCACACACAUGCACACCCUAAACAGGAAAUAAAGCGAGAUGUAAAUGAGGUGAGACAGAGGAAGAGGUUAUGCAUUCUAGAGUGUGACUGAGUGUGUGUCAGUUUUCCUGCAGCAGUUAGCACACACACACACACACACACACACACACACACACACACACAUGAUCUGUGCACUGCUGUGUGUGUUUGUGUGAUGAUGGACGUUCUGGAGAUCUCCACACGAAACCCUCAGGAUGAUUUUGAGAUUCUGCUGCGGGUUGGUGGAGGGACGUAUGGAGAAGUUUAUAAGGCUCGCAGUAAACAGAAUGGAGAAUACGCAGCCAUUAAAAUCAUCAAAAUGGAGCCUGAGGAUGAUUUCUCUGUCAUCCAGCAAGAGAUCGUGAUGGUGAAGAGCUGCAAACACAGAAACAUCGUGGCCUAUUACGGCAGCUACAUCAGGAUGAAUAAGCUGUGGAUCUGUAUGGAGUACUGCGGUGGAGGAUCUCUGCAGGACAUUUACCACGUGACCGGUCCUCUGUCCGAGCUGCAGAUCGCUUACGUCUGUCGAGAGAUGCUGCAGGGUCUUGAUUAUCUUCACGGACAGAAGAAGAUCCACAGAGACAUCAAGGGAGCAAAUAUUCUUCUGAAUGAUCAUGGAGAAGUCAAACUGGCUGACUUUGGGAUCUCGGCACAAAUCACAGCCACUUUUGCCCGUCGAAUGUCCUUCAUUGGGACGCCGUAUUGGAUGGCUCCAGAGGUGGCCGCGGUCGAGAUCAAGGGUGGAUAUAAUGAGCUGUGUGAUAUCUGGUCUGUGGGAAUCACAGCGAUUGAGCUCGCAGAACUACAGCCGCCUCUCUUCGAUGUCCAUCCUCUCAGAGUUUUGUUCCUGAUGUCCAAGAGUGGCUAUCAGCCUCCAAAACUCAAAGACAAAUCGAAAUGGACACCCACCUUCUACAACUUUGUGAAGUGCAUGCUGGUCAGAAACCCAAAGAAGAGACCCAGUGCUAAAAAGAUGCUGAUGCACAUGUUUGUGACCCAGCAAUCUUUGAGACAACAGUUAACCCUUGAACUGCUGGACCAACUCAGACACCCUGACGAACACAAAGACUUACAGACCGAUGAUGAAGAUUUGGAGGUGAUUGUCCCACAUUCACUAAGAAGAAUUCACUCGAUCAACAGACACAACCGGGCCGAGAGAACGAACUCAGACAUCAGCUUGGAACAGAUCUACACACAGAGACCCGCCACUGGCAAACGAGAGUCUCCAGAAGGAACGUUACAGUCUUCAGGAGGCCAGUGGAUGAGUCCUCCCAUCAUUUCCAGAAGAAGAGAUGAGAGCGUGGACACGGAUGACGAUUACGAUGACGUGGAAAUACCAGCGGGUAAUACACUGCAGUACAGCGAUGAAGUUCCUCCUCCUCUUCCUCCCAAACCGAAGCAGAGCAGUAGUUCAGAGGAGAGUAUGGCAGCAGAAGAUGAUCACAUUAAAGCUCCAUUCAUCAGCGUCCCGUCACCUUUAUUCAGGACGUCCAGCGGGACACACACACGACCUCGACCAGUCCCUCGACCACGAUCUGUGCGCAGCGUCAACUCAGAUCCGUCUGCGUUCUCCAGCUUCCUCACUAAUCCUCCAGUAGAUCUUCAGCCUCCUGAACUUCCACCAAAGGACAGAAGACGCAGACAAGCUCCUCAGGAUCCGGUCGAGUGUGUCAGUCCAGUGGUCAAGAAACCGCCGAUUGUCUUCAGGAAGGUUUUUCACGGCUGUCCUCUGAAGCUGAACUGCUCGAGCUCAUGGGAGCAUCCCUCCACUAAAGAUCAGCACCUGAUCUUCGGGGCGGAUGAAGGGAUCUUCACACUAAACCUCAACAGUUCUGAGACGACCAUGGAGCUGCUGUUUCCGGGCAAGUGUGUGUGGCUGUACACCAUCGGCGGCGUGUUAAUGUCCGUCUCAGGGAAGUCGUCUCAGCUGCACUCGCACUCGCUGAAGGAGCUGUACGAACAGACGCGCAGAGAGCAUCGCAUCGUUGCCCUGCCGACACACCGGCUGUUGCCACGGAAGUUUGCAAUCAGCACGAAGAUUCCAGACACAAAAGGAUGCAGAACGUGUUCAGUGGCUCAUAAUGCUCAGAACGGCUGUGUGUUUCUGUGCUGUGCGCUGGAGUCCAGCGUGGUUCUGCUGCAGUGGUACGAGCCCAUGCACAAGUUCAUGCUGAUCAAGCAAUUUGACUUCCCUCUGCCGACGCCGCUGCGUCUGUUUGAGAUGAUGGUGGCUCCGGAUCAGGAAUAUCCUCAGGUUUAUAUCCGGGUGAGCAGAGGAUCCGGGCCGUCACACCCGGUCCAGCUGGACUACAUCGACCUGAACUCAAACACAUCCUGGUUCGCUGAUACUGGACUCGAGAACCGCUGCGCUGACAGAGUUCAGUUGAAUCAACUGGACGGUGACACACUGCUGGUUUUGAUUGACAACUCUGUUCAUACGGUCACUCUGGACGGAUCGGCUAAAGGUCACAGACACCUGAUGGACGUCAGCUUUAAGUUAGACAUCGACGCUGUGGUGUAUCACGACGAGACGCUGAUCGCCGUCUGGAAACACGGCUGGCAGAGGAGAGGUCAGGGGUCAUCAGAGAUCCUGCAGGAGAUCACUGACCACAAGAAGACAUUCCGGCUGCUGGGGUCCGACAGAAUCGUUGUCAUGGAGAAGCGAGCGUGUGAUGACCAAUCAGGACUCUGUAAUCUGUACAUCCUGGAGACGGUUGACUCCACCCCUGUUUCCAAACACACACAGCCAACCUCUGGUGUUAAUUAAACUCGUCCUGAUGUUAAUAAAGACGUCACCGCAGGUGUGAAAACACAGGCCGCCUCUGUCUCCAGUGUGUGUGUGUGAUUUCUCAGCGAUCAGUCCACUGAAAAACCCUAACAAGAUCAACUUGUACAGUUUCUAACAAGUGUGCUGCACAGACACCGAGAAAUCCAGAGCAGACGAGAAUGUGCACGGGCG